AAAAGGAAAAGAAAAAGAAAAAAAAUCGAAACUUUAACUAUGACUUUCUUUCUGUUAGUUGGUUCUUAAGUUCAAUAAAAUUUAAACAAUUUUGAACUGGGCUGAAUUGUUUUUUGAAACAUCUACAGUAAGAACCAAUCAAAAAGUAGGCAGUUAAUAAUCCUAUCCUACAUUUUCUAAGCUGCCAAACGGAGAUUUAGAGGUUUAAAUAAGGACAUAUUGUGAAAUUUUGUCAUGGGGUGCGAAAAUGUCUGGCUUGCCCCUUGGUGUUGAUCUAUUUUUUGGUGAUGUGUUGAGCAGGAAAGGUAAGUUGGUUUCAAUGUCGAUUCUCGUAACUUCCAACAGGCUAUGCAUUUGACCAAGAUAAAAUGAGGCCAGAUUUCUAUACAGAGGUGUAAAGUGGCUUGUGUCUUGAUGUGUGAGAAUCUUUGGUGUUUGAAUGGUCUUUAUCCUUGGUUGACUAUUCUACUAUCUCAAAAUUUCAUGUGAGAUCUGGUCUGGCUAAGGAGGAAACUUGUCCCUUAUUUACAUCUGAUGUAAUGUUUUCUUUCUGGAGCUGAGUAAAUGGGGAGUUGUGUAUCAACUAGUAGUCGGAGUACUUGUAGUAGCGGGAGCAAUGGAGAGACAGUCUCUCCCUCUUGUUUUUGUGGGCAAAAGAGAACGAGGAGAACAUUCUCAGACCAUGUUGUUAGCUUGCAGCAUCUACCAUCCAUACCAAACAGGAUUUUUAUGAAUGGAAAGAGCCGUACUUCUUGCAUAUUCACACAGCAGGGCCGCAAGGGUAUAAACCAGGAUGCCAUGGUUGUCUGGGAAGAUUUCAUGUCAGAAGAUGCUAUAUUUUGUGGUAUCUUUGAUGGCCAUGGCCCACAUGGCCAUCUUGUUGCACGCAAAGUGAGGGAUGUCCUGCCAAUAAAGCUAUUAUCAUUCUUGCAUUCUUAUCAGUCAAGGUCAAAUGGGUCAAAUACAACCUGCUUUAAAGGGAAUCUGAAGAGAUCGGAUGGUGGAGAUUCAGAGAAGGAUUGUUCAGCGGAGGAUAAAUUAAAUUCUAUAUGGAGAGAAGCUUUCUUAAAGUCAUACAAGGCCAUGGACAAAGAGCUGAGGUCUCAUCCAAAUUUGGACUGCUUCUGUAGUGGUAGCACCUCUGUCACCAUAGUGAAACAGGGCUCAAGCCUUUUUAUGGGAUAUAUUGGGGAUUCUCGAGCAAUUAUGGGGUCUAGGGACAGUAAUGAUUCCAUGAUGGCAAUCCAGUUGACUGUUGAUUUAAAGCCUGAUUUGCCAAGGGAGGCUGAAAGGAUUAAACGUUGUAAGGGUAGGGUCUUUGCUUUGCAAGAUGAGCCUGAAGUGCCUAGGGUAUGGUUGCCAUUUGAUGAUGCACCUGGAUUAGCAAUGGCUCGAGCAUUUGGGGAUUUCUGUUUGAAGGAGUAUGGGGUGAUCUCUAUACCUGAAUUCUCUCACCGGCUACUUACGGACAGAGAUCAGUUCAUCGUUCUUGCCUCUGAUGGGGUUUGGGAUGUCUUGAGUAAUGAAGAGGUGGUUGAGAUAGUAUCCACAGCUCCAACCCGAUCGUCAGCUGCAAGGAUCCUGGUGGACUCGGCUGCUCGUGAAUGGAAACUCAAAUACCCAACUUCGAAGAUGGAUGACUGUGCAGUGGUUUGUUUGUUUCUGGAUGGGAAAAUGGAUGCAGAAUCUGAUUAUGAUGAACAAAACUUCUCUUCUGCAACCCUUCAGAGCAAUCAUUCUGGUAAUGCUAUUGAAUCAGAUGAUGGCCAGAAGUCUGAACCAUCUUUGCAAAGGAACUUUACAGUCAGAUCAUCAGAAGAAAAUGAUGCUUACGGACGAUUACCUGUUGAGGUUGAAGGGAAUGAGGAAACCGUAGCAGCUGAAGAUCAGAAUUGGUUAGGUUUGGAAGGCGUCACACGAGUGAACUCACUUGUUCAACUUCCCAGAUUUUCUGAGGAGAGGCCAAACCCCGAAAUUUUGUGAUUUCUAUAGAAAUGGAAUGGAACUAGUUUUCUUGUAUUACCUUGGUCUUGGCACCUUACAAAUACAAGAAGAAAACCUUUCUUCUUUGGUGACAUAUUGUCCAAGGUUUGUGUAUGUACAUUUAAAGCUACAAUCAAUGUUUUGUUCUUUUGUAUUGCACAGAAAUUCAGUCGAAAUCACUUUCAUCAAGGAAUGAUAUCAGCAUGGUUCCAAUUUCUGUA